AAUUGCAUCCACCAGAAUCAGACGUCCAGACCACUCCUCCCAAUCUCCCAUCGACAACUCCUCCUCCCGUCCUCACUGGCGAUGCAUCCCGCCGCACUCCCGCCGUCCAAAUCCGCCGCCGCCCCUCCAUGUCCCGCCCUGUCGUAGACGGACGCCGGCAGGCCGUCCUAUUCGGCGUCGGCCCUGCGUCUCCCGCUCGUUCGCCUGCACGCCGGCACGUUGUUCGGUCCGCCGCCGUCCCCUCCAUCACCCUGCGUUCGCCGCCACGACGCCACGCCGUCUCAUUCGCUGCUCCCUCUACAUCUCCCGGUCGGCUGUGAGCUUGUGACCCUGCCGGCCUGUACAUGUGUCUGCAUCCCCCGAGCGCCACGAACGGCACGAGGCCCACAAGCUCGGUUCUGAAUCCGCCACGAACGCAGCAGCUCUUGACCAGCAGCACUGCAGCAGUGCAUCACUGCAGUAGGUCACAAGAGUUGAAUGGCUUCCCCGGAGCACACUUCUUCUCAGCCGGCAGUGUCAAGCUCGGCUGUUGCCGGUGGUGUUCUUGGUAACUCUCCUUUCGAUGAAGCUCAAGGAAUAAUGAUGGUGUGUUUGACGCAGCGCUUGCAAGGAAGGAACUUGCCCUAAUGAUCUGUGUUCAUGAAUAUCCACUAUCAAUUGUUGAGCAUGCUUUAUUUCGGAAAUUCUACAAGACAUUACAGCCAUUGUUCAAGAUGGUCUGCAGGAAUACCAUUAGAAAGGAUAUAUUAGAAAUGCAUGCUGCCCAAAAGGAAUUGAUGGUUAGAUACUUCGCAAACUUGAAAUAUCGAGUAGCCAUCACAUCAGACAUGUGGACAGCAGGCCAUCAGAAGAAAUGAUAUAUGGUUGUUACUGCACAUUAUAUUGAUGAAUCAUGGAACUUGAAGAGUUUCUUGUUGAGGUUUGCUUAUGUGCCAUGUCCACAUAAUGGAGAAGUUAUUUGUCAAGCUUUGUAUGAGUGUCUUGUUGAUUGGCAUCUUGAGGGCAAGGUAUCUACAAUUACCUUGGACAAUUGCACAAGUAAUGACAAGGCUGUUGAAGAGUUGACAGAUAAGUUGAAUACCCAAUCUCUUAUGCUGAAUGGUAAAUACUUACAUAUGUGUUGCUGUGCACAUGUUCUUAAUCUCAUUGUCAAAGAUGGAAUGAAUGUACUAGAGAAGGGUAUUGGUAGAGUCCGUGAUAGUGUUGCUUAUUGGUCAGCCACACCUAAAAGACAUGAACGGUUUGAGAAAAUGGCUAAGACUCUAAAUAUUGCAUACACUAGAAGGUUAAAUCUGGAUUGCAAAACUAGGUGGAAUUCCACAUAUAUAAUGCUGGACAUUGCAUUACAAUACAUCCCAAUCUUUGAAAAGCUAAACAAACGGGAAAAACUGUUUGCAAAAGAAAAUUGUUGUCCAACCGACGAGGAUUGGAACUUUGCAAGAGAGCUUUGCGAGAGGUUGAAAGUAUUCUUUGACAUCACCGUGCUUUUCUCGGGUACUAAAUAUGUCACAGCCAAUCUCUUCUUCCCAAAAAUAUCUGCCAUUCGUUUAUCAAUAAGGAAAUGGUCCACUAGUGAUGAUCCUCUUAUCAAAAAGAUGUAUGAGGAAAUGAAAACAAAAUUUGAGAAAUAUUGGAAAGAUGUCCAUGGUCUUAUGGCUAUUGCAACAGUCCUUGAUCCUAGAUAUAAGUUGCAUAUGCUGCAGGCUCUGUUUGGUUCCCUUUAUGGAUAUGAAUAUGCAAAUAGGGAAGUAGAAAGAAUCAGAAAUUUAAUGGUUGAUCUGUUGGAAGAAUAUCAACCUGUUGGGAAUGAUGGUUGCUCAUCCAAACAUGGCAGCGUUGCUGCUUCCUCAGUUGGAACAGAUGAAGCCAUGCAGAUAUUCAGUGCCUAUAUGUCUUCUCAGCCGGUUGUGACUGCUUCCCGUGUGCGCACUGAAUUGGAUCUAUACUUGGAAGAGCCCAAUAUCCCAAUGACUACAGAGCUGGACAUCAUCGGCUGGUGGAAAUUUGGAGGCAUCAAGUAUCCUACUUUGCAAAGAAUGGCUCAUGAUAUAUUGCCAAUACCGGUAACAACUGUUGCGUUCUGAAUCUGCCUUCAGCACUAGCGGUAGAGUACUUAGUGCACACCGUGGUUCGCUUGCUCCAAAUAUGGCUGAAGCCCUCAUGUGUAUGCAAGCUUGGUCUCGCGCUGACAUGUUAGGGGAUUGCAAUUCUACUCUCUAUGCCGAGUUCCAGUCUGUUCUUGCUGUAGAAUAAGACCAAUUGAGGAUGCUUGCUGCUUGCUUCGCGUUGGAUUUUUGGGCGUUCACAUUUCUGGACCAAUUGAAGAUGUGUUGUUUCAUUCCUGGGCGUUCACAUUUGUGUAAUCAUGCUUCAAUAGUUGAAUAUCAAGACUUCAUUCUGUAGCCUGUGACUCUGUGAUGUGAUUGUGAGUUUGUGGGCCUGUGAGUCUGCACAGGGGAGAUAGACUGCACUAUUUAUUUCUGUAAUCUGAUUUGUGAGUUUGUAACCUGCUUGAUGCCUUGACUGCUACUUAUAUAUAUAUUUC